CUUGGGGCCAGGCUAUAUAGCCGGCCAUUACGUAUUUAACGAGAUCCAGCGAAGAGAAGCAAAACCUGAGCUGCGGUUCGAAGGAUUUACGCCGCGUUUUGAGAUCCUAACGAUUUGGCAUUGGACUCCAUGGCGCUGCCUGCAAGAUCAGUGGCACGCGUAUGCGCAAGCCUCCUCAAGUCCGGCUCCUCGUGGAGUCAAUUGCAAAGGUCGAAGCAAACUUCAAAGAGAUGCUUCUCAGCCUCCUCAAGGAAUCGGAUCAUGGAGCUGUCCGGCUUCACAGAUACACAAUUGUCUGUCCGAGAAGCCAUAUUCAAAAUAUGUUCUCGAUUCCCAGACGACUACUGGAUGGAGCAUGAUCAGAGUGGGGAAUAUCCACACGAACUCCAUGCAGCAUUGGCAAAGGAUGGAUGGAUCGGGAUUGCGCUUCCAGAAGAGCUUGGAGGCGCAGGAUUAGGGAUACAAGAUGCCACAAUGAUGCUACACACGAUCGCCGAGAGCGGGGCUGGCAUCGCAGGUGCACAGAGCAUACACGCUAAUGUAUACGCCACACAACCUGUAGCAAGAUAUGCUACUCCAGAACAACGAGAGCGAAUGCUUCCUCGCCUCAUCAAAGGGGAAUGGCGCGCGUGUUUCGGUGUUACAGAACCGAAUACUGGUCUUGAGACGCUCAAACUCAAAACAUUUGCCCGCAAGGAAGGAGACUACUACUACAUCACUGGUCAAAAGAUCUGGAUAUCCUCCGCCCAAGUGGCCUCCAAGAUGAUCUUGUUAGCACGAACGACGCCCCUCGAGGAUGUAAAACGGCCAUCAGAGGGGCUAUCGGUGUUCUACAUCGAUUUCGACAAAUCAGCCCCCGGUCUGGAAUUAAAGAAGAUCAAGAAGAUGGGAGGACGAGCCAUUGAUGCAAAUGAGGUUUUCUUUGAAAACUAUAAGAUUCCCGCCGACACUUUGAUUGGAAAGGAGGGUCAGGGCUUCAGAAUCAUCUUGCAUGGAAUGAAUGCAGAGAGAUGCCUCCUCGCUGGUGAAGCACUAGGUAUCGGUUACGCAGCAAUCACAAAGGCAGCCAAAUACGCAAAAGAACGCAUCGUAUUUAACAGGCCAAUUGGCAUGAAUCAGGGUAUCCAACACCCGCUUGCAGCAGCGUAUAUGAAUCUUGAAGCAGCAAAGUUGGCGACAUACCACGCAGCGAAACUUUAUGAUCAGAGUAAGGAAGAUUCAAGUAUAACGCAGCAUGCCGUUGGCGUAGCGUGUAAUUCAGCGAAGUAUCUUGCAGCUGAGGCAGCAUUCACAGCCUGCGAAAGGGCAGUGUUGGCUCAUGGUGGCAUGGGAUAUGCGCAGGAAUACCAUGUCGAGAGGUACCUGAGGGAGUGUUUGGUACCUAGAAUAGCUCCCGUCAGCCGAGAAAUGAUACUGAACUUCAUCAGCGAGAAGGCCUUGGGUCUGCCAAGGAGUUACUAGCUUCAUGUCUCGGCAUUGAUUGUACAUAUACACCCCAGCAUCUGGAGCUUGGCUUUGCGGAAGAUCGGUUUGCCCAUAUUUUCAUGCUACAGCAUGGAAAAAUAUUGCCUCGGCCUUGUGCAUUCAUUUUGGAUCAUAGCUUACCAUGAAAAAGACUCGAGAGCGUAUCGACGAAACGUGCGAUUUGCUGUCGCAGAAAUUCGUGAUAGUACUUAACUGACUAAAAAAAGAAGAAUUUUAGAAUCAAAUAGCAUGCCUUGGCUGUCGUUCAGUGAGAUACCCGAUCAAGGAAAAUCUUCUAAGCCGAUCAUGUCCACCUCACGCAGUCCGAACUUUAACUAGUUGGCAAUAACACAAAUUCUUAUAAA